AUGGCGGGUUCGCAGUCUGAUUCAAAAGUUUUCAGUGUUCGAAUCGUUUCGAUCGAUUACUACAUGGCCGCUCCUAUUCCAGGCCUUGAUAUUUGCUACAGUAGUUUUCAAGGUGUGAAAGUGAAUGAGGUUCCUGUAAUCAGAAUCUAUGGGUCGACUCCGGCCGGUCAGAAGACUUGCUUGCAUAUUCAUCGAAAAGACCGGCGUCGUAUGACAUUGGGGAAUAUGGCCCAGCCUUUGAGAAAUUUAAUGGACGGUGCAUUUUAUAGGAAAAAUGCUCAGGCUGCAAUACAUUUUGGAGCACUAGAUAAGUUGGCAGCCAAUGCUGACUAUUGUCUGUGCAUCUACAGUCAAGGUAGGGGAAAACCAGGUUGUGGAUGGGGCAUGGAGUAG